CAGAGAGCCCAUUUGGUGCGGAGGUUGACAGAGCUUUAGUUCCGUACAAAUGGCGAGUAAGAAGGUUGACGGAGAAGGAAAAGGGAAAGCUAUAGCGAAUACGAGGAUGCUUCGAAGCAUGGAUCGAAAGACUCGAAGCGAUACUAAGCGAGAUGGUUCUUCUUCUAAGCUCAUGAAGAUCGAAUCUCCGGAGAAGAAGAAACGGAAGACGACGAAAGCGAAGAAUGUUGGAGCUGCGAAGAAGAAGGUAAAGAAAGAAGAGGUAGCUGUGAAAAUCGAGAAAGAGGAGGAGGAAGAUGAUGAUGCUGCAGAGAAAGAAGAAGAUGACGACUCCGAUAAGAAGAAGAUUGUGAUCGAGCAUUGCAAACAAUGCAAAUCAUUCAAGGAGAGGGCUAAUGAGGUGAAGGAAGGUCUAGAGGAAGCUGUUCCUGGCAUCAUUGUCACUGUGAAUCCUGAUAAGCCAAGGCGUGGUUGCUUUGAGAUUCGAGAGGAAGGCGGCGAGACAUUCAUCAGUCUUUUGGCUAUGAAGCGCCCAUUUACACCGAUGAAGGAACUUAACAUGGAAGAGGUCAUUGCGGACAUCGUAGAGAAGAUUAAGUAACACAGCUAGUAGGUUCUACCAAUGCCGAGUCUUUCGUUUCCUCCUUGGCCCUCGGCUAAUAGGCUUCAAUAUCUGACUAUCUAGAGCAACUGCAGGAUUUUUUAGGCUUAAUUUUGAUAUAUUGGUGAAAACCAUUUGAGCACGGUUUCGUCGUUUGGUAGUGCUUGAUCGGCUUUGUGCAGUUUCUUUAUGCUAAAACUUCCUGAUAUAUAUGGGAUUAAGUCUGUCUUCGUAAUGCUAGUUUGAAGCAAUUCGUUUCGUUUCAUUUAUUGUUGGAUUGUGUUUGGCGUUCAAUUACGUUACGGAUUGGAUGAAUGAAGAUAAAACAUUUAGUUACAAUGUGGUAAUACAAGCUUCACAGGACAGAACAUCACACUUUCAUUGUCUAAUGAUAAAUGAUUGAGGUACAAUAAUGUGAGUAGAAAUUGUUAGUGUCUUUGAUCCACUUCGUAUCACCAUUGCCUCUGUCUAUGUUCGAGUCUCAUUAUCAGUUUAAUUUAUCCUCGACUCGCUGUCUUAAAUCAUCUUAGAACCCAACAAAGCUAGCCACAAACCCGAGAACAAGGACAGCACCGAAGCUCAAACCGGUGUUAGAAGCAGAAGAAGGUGGUUCAGCCUCAUCAGCUGCUGCCAUCUUCUUCUUGCCAGACUUAUCUGGAGCUGGAGCUGGAGAAUCACUUUCUGAUGGUGCAGAUGCAGGUGCGGUUUCUGGAGCUAAACCAGGAGGAGCAUCUGCAUAAUCCCCUUCAUCAGCAGGAGCUGGAGCUGGAGUGGCUGCACCCUUCUUGGGAGAUGGGGCCGGUGGUGAAGACAUGGGUGGUGGUGGAGGAACCUUAACCGGAGACCCGAGUCCAGGUGCCACAAUGGGCAUGCUGAUCUGGACCACAGAGAGAUUGUACGGGUUACGGAAAACGGUUGUGAUGUAUUCAGCGGUUUGAGGAGCGCCUUUCACACCAGAACCAAAGUAAAUCUUUCCGUUAGAUUUGGUGCAGUUGAGGAAACCGUUUUGCUGUUGGCCCAAACCGGUGGACUGGUAAAGGGUAGUGAGCAAUGUGCUCUUUUCCUUGAGAGCCUUGAGCUUAAGCUCAUCAAAGUAGUCAAGAACCACAUGGUUCAUAAGAAUGUUCUUGACCUCUUCCUCGGGUCUACCAGAGAUGGAACCGAUAGCAUCGUUGUUAAGGGCCAGCACGGUGAUGGUCUGACGUUUGUUGAUAAUUGGUGUGAGCUCGGUCUUGGCAAGAAGCUCGGUCAUGGUGCUGAAUUCAGGGUAUUUCUCGAGCACUCGGGUUAUGUUAACCGCUGAUACAAUGGAUGAAACAGCGAGUAAGAUGGUGAGACAGAGGAGAGAAGAGGAGACCUUGAGACCCAUCUUUGGGUGUCUUUGUUUAUUACCCUUAUUAUUCUAUAGUAAAAGCUCAAACCUCAAAGCCUGAGUUUGCAAU